UGGCUUCUGGUCUUAUAUGGUCCUAUUUGGUCCAUAGGCCGAAAUAUGAGUCAGUAUACAGCUUUCCUUGUUGUCACGCUCAGUGUCCUGAGCGCGUUGGCAGCACCUCAAGAUAACCAAGGAUACAUAUUCCAAGAUGCUGAAUCUUAUGAUUCCUCAAAUGCAAACUCUAAUUCAUAUUUAGAAUCCGAGAACUCUUAUAACAAUGGGAAUCAAUAUCAAAGAACUCAACAACAAUCAGCACAGAAUGCUAACUCACAAGCCUACCGAAGAGCAAUGCAAAGCCAGUAUGGCGACUACGUACCAUGGUCAUAUCCUGGAUAUCCUACACCAGUUAACGGUCGUCCUUCACAAGUACCAUGGGACGGCACUGGUCCUCCUCCAGUGUAUCCAUUGAUACCCUUAAUCAAGGAGGUAUACGAUUACCUACCUUACCCACAAUAUCCAGCCAUACCACGCGUACAGCCAUACCCUAAUUCACCACUGAUCAGACCAGCGCCAAGAUCUGGAGCAUCAGCAUACGGUCAGGCCAACAGCGGCUUCAUCCAAGGACGUCCUUACUCGACGGCACAAACUGGUGCUAACGCCUACGCUCAAGCUCAACCUGCACCAACAUUACCUCGCGGCAGACCGAUUCAGACGAUUCCACAGCCGUAUUACCCACCGUAUGUGGCCCCUCUUCCGAUAGUACCAGUACAAAGUGUACCUGUUAUUCCAGGUAAAAAUGGAUCUGGUCAUAGAAAGAUAAGCAGCAGUUCUAUAUCAGCUGCGAAUGCUGCAGCAUCGGCUAAAUCUCAGCUCGUCAAAUCUUCAACCACGAAAAAUGAUUCUCAAGGGACUUCAAGCAGUUCUAUAACGUCAGCAUCUAGUUCCUCGAACAGCAACUCUAACAGUUACGCCUCAACACAGUACUACGAAGAAGAAGACGAUACUGGACCAACUCAACCAGGCAGCGGUGGACCAACUCAACCAGGUAGCGGUGGACCAACUCAACCAGGAAGUGGUGGACCAACUCAACCAGGCAGCGGUGGACCAACUCAACCAGGUAGCGGUGGACCAACCCAACCAGGAAGCGGUGGACCAACCCAACCAGGAAGCGGUGGACCAACUCAACCAGGCAGCGGCGGACCAACUCAACCAGGUAGCGGUGGACCAACUCAACCAGGCAGCGGUGGACCAACUCAACCAGGCAGCGGUGGACCAACCCAACCAGGAAGCGAUGGACCAACUCAACCAGGCAGCGGUGGACCAACUCAACCAGGUAGCGGUGGACCAACCCAACCAGGAAGCGGUGGACCAACCCAACCAGGAAGCGGUGGACCAACUCAACCAGGAAGUGGUGGACCAACUCAACCAGGUAGCGGUGGACCAACUCAACCAGGAAGUGGUGGACCAACCCAACCAGGAAGCGGUGGACCAACUCAACCAGGCAGCGGUGGACCAACCCAACCAGGCAGCGGUGGAACAACCCAACCAGGAAGCGGUGGACCAACUCAACCAGGCAGCGGUGGAGUAGUACCUUGCGAUGAAGAUGGUACACCAGGACAAGUUGGACCAUUCCCCCCCGGUCGUGGCAAAGUAUGCAUUUGUUUCGAUUCGAUUUUCAAAAUGCCUAAAUAUCUUAGACGUUUGAUACAAGCAUAAAAAUAUAUGAUUUUAAGUUAAAUCGGUUAUAAAUUACGACCAAAAUGCUUACGAAACUUGUGUGGGAGAAUUUGUUUUUUGUUGCAAUUGAAAAAUGACCCUAUAGGUCGCAAAAAAAAUAAAUAUUGAUUUAGAUUA